CCAGUUUCAGUAGAGAUUUCGAUAGCGACAUAGAAGGGUGCUCCACUCGAGACGAGUUGCCGCGCGUGAAAACGAGUCUUAAACAGUUUCUUUAACAUAAAUCAUAAAUGCAAUAAACAGCGAAGCAAAAGAAAGAGUUGAAUUAGUAUAUAUGUAUGUAUGUCCGUACGUACUCCUUCGCAUAUGUUUAUGUAUGUGUGUGUGUACGUGUGCAGGCGCGCUGAAAUCUGAAGUGAUUUUUUGUUAGUUUUGUGCGGAUUGCUUUCAAAACUUUGCAGCUAAGCUUGAAGUCAGUGCGUUUUGAAAUAGAAUAUUUUGUGCGAACACACACACACACAUACGCAUGUAUGUGCCUGCAACCGUUGGAAACGUAUGUUCUGUGAGCCCUUUGUGACUGUGACUUCAAAUAUUAAUCUGAGGAGACAUUCAGACCCAAUUGGCAUUGCAGGUCGCGCACCUACACACACACACACUCGCAUCUGCGUGCAACAAUUAACGCUCGCGGCAGGAAAAAAGUGCGACACACACACACACAGGAAAAGUGCAGCGGGUAGGUAGCUCGCCUAUGGCGGCAGUGAAAUUCGAUUUACAAGUGACGAUACAAUUUAACAACAACAACAAAGCAACAACAGGCCAAGUGUGCUACGGCCAGAGAAAUUAAACGGUGGUCGUAAAACCGGUAAAAAGCGGCAUUUGAACCAAAACCAAAAACACAGAUUCGACUGCAAGAACUUGUAGCAUAAGAAAUUCAAGAUCGCUUGACUGAAAAAUAAAAAUUAAAAAGCAACUUAAUUUUAACGACCGUUGAACUAGUGCUGCCGGGGCACUCCAAAUAAUUAUUACAACAACUUUUCCGAAGUAAAAGGAAAAGUGUAACUUUCCGCUCGAAAUUGUAACUGUGUUGCUGUUGUGAUUCCAAAAUACACACAUGUGUGCUUGUAUGUGUGUGUCUUCCAAUAAAACUCACUAAAAUUCUGCGCUCGUCCCACUCGUUUGCGGCGUUUUCUUGCAAUUUACAGUUUCCGAAAUUCCGAUUUCGUGCCGAUUUCCCAAAUAUUCGGCAGAAACUGCGAAGUCCAACAACAACGCCGAAAAUAUAAAAGCGCCACAGAUAGUUUAAAUAAAAAUAAUCAAAACCAGAUCAACGAACCAGAAAAACAACAAAAACAGUCAACAAACAGCGCGAGUUUCGGAUUUUUAGCUUUUAGUUUUGUUUUGCCCACACACGCACACACACGCGCGCAUACAUACAUACGAACAGCCGUCUGCGCGAGCGUGCAUAUAUUAGCCAUUUAACGGUACUUUGCAUACGACUUUAUUUCGGCGUCGCUUGAAACAAAUGCAAAUUAAUAUCGGCAAUUAGCAUAAAGACGACUUGCCAAAAUUACAAACAACAAAAACAACAAUCCAAAUAAAAUAGCUAAAUCCAACAAUAACAAAAAUCAACGCUGUUCGUUGCGAGCUCGGCUCAAUUCCUGUACGAAAGCUUGUGAAUUUCACACAAUUUCUUUAAUAAAAUUUUUUCUUUCAAUUUACUAGCGACUAAAUGAGUUAAUCUCUUUAUUAAAAAAAAUAAAUAUUAAUCUGUGAGAAAACAUUAACGACAAUAUUUUGCAUGCGAAGCAAAUGCGAUUCAUCAAAUCUAUUAGCAAUUAAACAAAAACGAAAAAAUUAAAGCAAAAACAACAACAAAGUCAGAUUUAUCUUCAUUUGUUUGCUGACACUUGGCGGCUUUGUUUUUAACUAAGAUUAUAAUCAGCAUAAAAGGUUCGUAUGUACCACAGACAGGAGGGCACUGCGACCACACACCAACAGUGUCAAGUUGUUGCAACGAUACGUGCGACAGCGAAUCUCAGCCGCAAGUGAAAAAUAUCAGCCUUAACUUAUCCUGGCGUGUGGUAUAUAACGUGCUCGUUGAACCGAUUACUUACGCACCACUAUACCUAGAAUUUAGCGGCAGAGUGUAUCGCGACGAAGCCGAAUGCAGUAUCUCACUUACGCACUGCAAACAUCCUCACGUUUCCUCACAACGUCCGCACCCACAACCAACACAAACACCGCCUUCAACAACAAUAACAAUAACUACACUAACCCGCCCACAAGCAUUGCGAUCAGGGCACAGUCCAACAACAACAUAGACUUACAUUUUCCCAACCAAAAUCCCAACAACAACAGCAAUAAUCGCCAACAGCCGAGAAACACCACGACGAACAACAUCGUAGGCACCUCGCGUCGCAGCAGCAGUAAUUCAGCAGCGAUAGCAGCCGCAACAACAAAAGUAACAUUUGCGCAGAGCGAAGUAAUCCACAACUACCAAACCACAUCCACAACAACAACACUACCACCAAUUCAUAGCACUUGCCACGAGUGCAGCUGCAGCGACGCAACAACAUUCGGAACAACCAGCGCAGCAGAAGCAGCAGCUGCAGCCGCGCCGCCAGCCGCAACAGUAGCGCCAUCAGCGACAACGGUGCCGCAGCGCGAAUGAAAUUUACUCACGAUUAAUGUUAGCAUUGCGCGCAACAAACUGCUUUCAUUCUUCAAUCGCGACAUGGCCGCAACGGAUGGCCAAAUAAUACUGGCCGCCUCCCGCUUCGGUGACACCGAACCGCCGGUGUACCUGCGCGAGUUCUCCAAACAGCGAUUGCCUGCGGUCGCAAAAAUCGUCAAGGGACAACAUCAGAACCUUGGUGUGCCCACACUGUCGGCGCCCUCGCUUCAGAGCACGGCACUUUUUCUGAGCGCCGGCAAAAGGUAUCAGAUACUCGCACAGCCGAUCAAAAUCAAAGAGGGACGCAAGACGACAAAUGUCGGUGCAAAGGUGCUCAUACCGGAGACCUAUCCGGGUUACUUUGAGCUACUCAGCGAAGAUGGCCGUUCAACGCGUUGCAUCGAUUCGGUGCUCGAGCUUUCGAAGCGACGCAAUUUACGCGUUCUCGUGCGUGAGACGUUCCGUUGCACGCAAAUGAAUCGCACGAUUCACGCGGGCGAACUGCUGACGACGAUGAACGACAAUGGCAAGUACUUGCAAUGCAAAAAUAUCAAAGACGAGAUCAUCAAUUUGCCACUCGAUACCAAAGCGAAAUUCUCACCGAUCGCCAAGGAGGAUAGCAUUAGCGGGGUGCAUACGGUGAAGAAUCUACUACUCAAACGGAUGCCAGUCAUUGUGAGACUUGUCCAUGGUAGUGCUCCCAAAGGUCUGAAGCAACCCUUCGUACCAGAGUUGCGUCUGCUCGGCUGUGUCGAAAUCGAUCGUAUAUUUGCGCUGCCCAUGCAGAAGGAUCACGAUUUGGUGCCAGUACCGCUGAAUGUAAAGAUUAAGUUGCAACGCGCACGCAACAUGGAGCAGUUGGAGCACUUCAUAGAAUAUACCAGAUUCCUCGAGAAGGCGCAGCGUCUGUUGUCGGAUGCACGAGAUCGCCUGCAAAUCGUUGAUCUUAAGUUGUCGGAGAAGGAGAAGAAAGACUCCAAGUUCAGUAGUCGCAACAAAUUACCCGUGGUCAUGUUGCCAUCCGCAGCAGUCGCCGGUGGCCUUAUGGAGAACGGCUAUGUGCUGCGCAAGAGCGCCAGCUGUGAUGCAUACGGCAAGGGUAUCGGUGGGGCAGCGGGCGUACUCACAAGCGCCGAAAUCGCCGAGGAGUACAACGAAAUCGAUCACAUUUACGAUUAUGUUCGCGGCCUGACGCCACUCUCCAAAGGCUUAUCGCGUUUUGAGCCGAUCUGCGAGACGCCGACUAUCAAGUCGCAUCACACCGACAGUAGCGGCAAUUACUGCAGCCUCAUACGUGUGGGCGCGCAGGCGAGCAGCAACAAUAACAACAAUAACAAUAGCAACAGCUUAAAUGCUAGCAGCGGUAGCAACACAAAUCACAGCGGUGGCGGUGGCGGUGGGGGUGUCGGUAGCGGCAAUAAUGUUAACAACAAUAACAACAACUACAGUAGUUUAGAGUCAGUCAAGCAGACGACGAACACCAACACGAAUAGCAGUCACAAUAGCAGCAAUCACAGCCACAAUAACAAUCACAACAACACUGGCGGCAGUGGCGGUAGUGUUGGUGGCAACCAUCACCAUCACCACCAUCAUCAGAGCCACAGCCACAAUCAUCAUCACAACCACCCACACCCACAUGCACACCCGCACGCGCACCCACAUGCCCAUCAGUCAGGCAGUGGAGCCAUGGUUAACCACUACCACCACAACCAUGUUCAAGAGGACAUCAAGCCAGUGCCACCGCCCAUUGAGACUAUACCGGGCAAGAAGUUGCCUGAAAAGCGGCAACGUCCCACAUUACCAAAGCUUUAUCUGAAGAACACGAACAGUGCGGGCACCACAGCAACUGCGGCCGCGGCGGCCACUCAUCAUAAUCAACAUCAUCACUCGGCGCAGACGCAACACGCUCACACUGGCAACUCGGCAGCAGCAGUGGUGAAUGCCACAGCGGCAGCGGUGGCAGCGCAUCAUGUCCAUCACUACCACAGCAAAGUGCUGACACCUAGCAACAGCAAUAACAACAGUGGUUCCCAUGCCGCAAAUGGACCACUUAGUGCCGGUAUUAUGGGGGCCAGUAAGGAAUGCAUUCUGGAGCCACAGUCACCACUCUUUCAUAUCAGGUACAAGAGCCUCAGCAGCUUGCAGUUGACGCCCGAAAACACCUCCAUUGCCGCCACACCGAUCUCAAGUAACCCCAAAGGUAAUCAGUCAACCGCAAUACCACCGGAUGUGGUACUCAAAUGCAACAGCAUCCUCAACCACCAGUCGCAUCACGCGCCGCAUCUACCACCACCGCCGCCGCCACCGCUCAGCAAAAGCGCUAGCACAGCCGGCGGCUUGGCAGCUGUAGCCGGCCUCGGCAUGGGUAUGGGUGUGGGCGUCAUACACCAUAAUCCACGCGAAGGUACACUCGACUCGUCGCGCAGCGGCGGACGUACCUCUGGCGAUUCCAACAAGUUGCCCGAAAAGAAGACGCGUCGCCUGUCGCGUCCUCGUAGUCUAUCGAAUUUAGUCUGGGAUCUGCGGCCAUCCAAAGAGAAGUCAAAAAAGAAAUUAUAUAUACAUCACUUCGAUCACCGCCAACAGGCGACACUGUAUUUGUAGUCAGGUGGCGGGAGGGUUGCAGCAGCGCGCUACUGGAAAAUGGCGGUACAAGUGGUCGAAGAAAAUGCCAUAUAUAGACUUUAAAUAAGAUCUUUCGUAGAAAUAUGGGGCAUAGCUAUUUUGAAUACUUUAAGUUUGCGGUGUAAUGAAGACAGUACCAAUGAAAGAUGAAUGAUGUUGCCAUCACUUUAGAAACCGACACAGCUAUUUGAACGGAAUUUUAAUGCAUUAUCUUAAGCUUCUGAUUCGAUAUCUUUGUCCAGUUAGAAACCACGAUUGGAACACCAGCGCUAAUGUCAAUUGCAGAUCUUACGCAGAACCACUAAAACUUUAAACGUGAAACAUGAAAUGCACAAACCUAGAAAUUAGAUAUUUAAACACACAUAUUGAAAAACUGAGUAAGAAGGGAACAAAUAACUUCGAACCUUAGUAGAGAAAGCUUUAAAACUAUUUUUUCUCAAUUAAUUAGAUUGUGCCUUUUAUUAGCAAUUAAAAUCCUUAAAUCCUUUUAAAUAACAAAUUUUAAUAAAGUUAAAAGUAAUCGUGUUUAUUGGCUUAUUGAAAAUAUUGUGGCAAGGCCCCCAGCAUACAUUUGUAUGUAUGAACAAUUAAUUUAAGUGUUUGGCUCUUUUUUGACAUUUUCUUAAAGAAACUAAUAUACAAAAGUCAACUACUAAGUCUUUGAAUAUCUCAAAACUACGAAAAAAUAUUUGAAAAAUAUAAAAUUUUUGAUAUUUUUCCCAUAAUAUUUUCGAUUCAAAUGAGAUCCC